AUGUUCACCGGCAUCGUUGAAGAUAUUGGCUUGAUUACACGUCUGGAUAGAGAUGCCGCCACUGGAAGCGCCGAGAUGACAAUUACCAUCGCGCCUGGUUCGUCCCUUCUCAAAGACUGCCGCGAUGGUGACUCUAUUGCCGUGAACGGCGUCUGUUUGACCGUCACAUCGUUCAAGGACAACCACUUUGAAGUCGGAGUUGCACCCGAGACCCUACGCAUCACCAACCUGGGCGGGCUGUCCGAGAAUAGCCGUGUGAAUCUGGAGCCUGCUGUCCGCGCCGAUACACGCAUGGGCGGCCAUUUUGUGCAAGGACACGUCGAUACCAUUGCCGAGAUUCUGCUCGCCGAACAAGAUGGCAACGCCAUUACCUUUCGCUUCCAGCCUAAGAACCGCGAUAUGCUGCGCUACAUUGUCUACAAGGGCUUCAUUGCCAUUGACGGUACCAGCUUGACCGUGACGCAGGUCAACGACAAGGAAGGCUGGUUCCAGAUUAUGCUCAUCUCCUACUCGCAAGAAAAAGUUGUGCUUAGCGGGAAGACUGCGGGUGACAGUGUCAACAUUGAGGUCGACAUGAUGGCCAAGUAUGCUGAAAAGUCACUUGCUGGUAUUCUGGGCUCUGGCGACGGCGAAUCCAUCCCGCUGCUGGAGAAAAUUGUCGAGAAAAUUAUUGCCAACAAGCUGAAGCAAUAG